AUGGCCAGCUUCUCUCGCAGCUCUUCUGGAUCUACCGGCUCCUGGGAGACCACGGACCGUACCCCCGCUUUCAUCCCCGGAAGCGACGAAAUUGUCAAAGUCAUUGUGCCACCAACUGCUUCAACUGGGUCUAGCGCGUCGGGGGCGAGCUACGCUUUGAAUCCACACUACGCAUACAACUCAGCCCACUCCGAACAAUCUUCCUCUGACGAUACCGACGAUGCUCGUACCGAGGUUGACUUCACCCAAGACUCGCUCACUGACAAUUCUGGAAGCCUUAGCUCUCUGGCCGAUGCUGGCGGCUCCUUCGUCAGCUUCACGACUUGGGAAAGGGCCGAGAAAGUCAACCUCCCCUUCUGGUGCGACAAGUGCAAGGGAAGUUACAAGAACAAGGAAAAGCACUUGAGCAGCCGCACUCACAAUGGCUGGGAGUGGGCUCCCGAUGGUCCCGCCGAGGCCAAAUACGAUGUCGGCAAGGUCGAACCUGUCGACAUCUCCACACCUCGAAAGCUGCGAUCGGGAGUGAAGUACACUUGCGUCGUACGUGGGUGUCGCUUUGCGUCGACAGACAAAGAAGAGUAUCUGGCUCAUCGCAAGACACACGACACACCUCGCUACGCUGAGAAACGAAAGGCGGUAAAUGCUAAGAAGGCUCAAGCUCCUACUCGGCCCAAGGCCAGGAAGUGCCCCCGAUUCUAG